GUGAGCCACAGCGCCACAUUUCAAACAGUCUCCACUUUCGACGUCAGGGUUCCAGGUUGGCCAUGUGCCAGAUCCCCCAGCAACAGCCUGGCGAAGCACCAAAGUCAACCCCGCAAGGCUGCGACCGUUGAUUGAUUGACCUAAGCUGCGUAAGCCGAGUUGGCACUGAAGCUCCAAGCUCCCUGACGAGAACCGCAUUCGUAUUCCAUCACACAUCAAAACAAGCUGCUCUGUUGAGAGCGCAAGGCCGUCAAGAUGCCUGCCUACAACUCCAUGUUCAACACCGACCCCAACCCGCCCCGUUUAAUAGGCAACUUCCCCCUCCUCCCCCUCCGAACCAAGAUCCGCGGCCCCGUCUACCCGCUCCCUUUCCCCGAGCCGGCCCUCCCCGAGAAUGAGUCCCCCGACCAGGACUCAGAGUCCUACGACAUCCUCGACGAGGUCCUCGCUCUCUUCCGCGCCAACACCUUCUUCCGCAACUUUGAGAUCCAGGGCCAUGCCGACCGGCUGCUAAUCUAUGGCAUUUGGUUCGUCUCGGACUGCCUGGGCAAGAUCAAGCCGACGGCGUCGAGGAGGGAGGCGACCAAGGAGGUGAACAACUUGGCGUUGGAUACCAACUUUGCCAUUCCGGGCGACCCGAGCUGGCCGUUGAGACAGAUGUACGAGCCUCCCCGCGACAGACAAGACGCCGAGGUCCUUAGGCAGUACAUGAUGCAAGUCCGACAAGAGCUGGCGGAGCGGUUGUUGGCGAGGGUCUAUGCCGAUGAUGAGACACGGCCGAGCAAGUGGUGGUUGAGCUUCACCAAGAGGAAGUUCAUGGGCAAGGGUCUUUAAGCGUGUUUGUUUCUUUGACAAGACAUAUAACAAUGUACUACAGUGAUUCAAGGUGGUGAGCGGGCGCAGCACAAAAUUACUUUUUAAUUCUGCAAAUAGUAUCUAUCCGACGCCAGGAUGCAACCCAUCCAAUUUUUGCUGUGUCGAGGGCCUGGGUAUCUGAGAUUAUAAACCCC